AUGGAAAUAAUCAUAUCAUCUAUUAUAAAUGAUCUUAAAUUAGAUAAUGAUGAAAUAACAAAUAUUUAUAACUAUGGUUCAUGGGUUUACGGUACAAAUCAUGAAAAAUCGGAUCGUGAUUUUCUUUUUAUUAUGAAUAUUAAAAAUGAAAAUGAACGAAAAUCUUUAAAAUUUGAAGAUGAUUUUGAUUAUUUUCAUUCAUUUGAUUUACGUCGUCUCAAUAAUUGUGAUGUAACAAUACAUUCAUGUGAAAAUUUUGAAUUAUUAUUAGAAAAAAAUUAUAUGUUAGCAGUUGAAUGUUUAUUCUAUCCAAAUGAAUUUAUAAUUAGAAAUAAUAUUGAUUAUAAAACAAUUUAUUUAACAAAAUACUAUAAUCCAUUAAGAUUAAAACAAGUUAUAUUUUAUGAAAAUAAUCAUAGUUUUAAAUAUGUUAUGGACGAUGAUGAUGAUGAUGAUGAUGAAAUUAAUUCACAUUCAAAUAUUAAUCCAACAAUUGAUCAAUUUUUAUGUAAUGCUAUUCAAACAACAACUAUAGAUGAAGAUCGAUUACUUAAAUAUUUAUUUCAUUGUCUAAGAUAUUUAGAUAUUGGUGAACAAUUAAUUCGAACAAAAUCAAUAGAUAAUUUUAAACGAAUAUCAUAUAUACUAUUUCAAAUAAAAGAUUUCAAAUAA